GCGCGUGCAAACGGAUAACAAACGCUCGGCUUGUCGCCUUCCGCCGCCGACCGCCACCAAUCACCUCCUAUCCCGCCGGGACCGGCCCCCGAGACGAUGGCCGCGGCGGGCGCGGCAUCCUCCAUCUUCUCUUCCACGCCCCCCCGCAGCCUCCCCUUCCCACCCGCUCCCGCUCCCGCUCCCGCCCGGAAACUCCUCGCCGCGGCCGCCCUCACUCUGUCGUCGCAGAAGCUCCUCAGGCAACCGUGCCCGCCCGCUUCGUGCGCCCCCGCCCCGCCGCCCGAGAGGGGCGAGAAGCCGGACCCCAUCAAGCUCGCGUUCGCCCGCGCCGCCGCCUAUAAGAAGGAGAGGGACAGCCCGAGCCAGUCGCCUGCCCCGCCUCCCACUCCCACGCCUCCUCCUCCUCCGCCGCCGUCGCAGCCGCAGGCUUCGGCGGGGGACGUCGGCAGUAAGGAGGCUUUCAAGCGGGCGCUGGAGUACAGGAACGGCAACGGGACCGGAUCGCGCGCUGGUGGUGGUGAGGCGCCGCUGCUGGGAGGAUCGCCGGAUUUUGGUCAAAACGCCUUACUUAGCGAAGAUGUGACAUUUGGCAAGAAGGGAGAGUAUGAGUUCGAUGAGACUGAUUUUUUGGGCCUCGAUUUUUUUGAGAAAAAGCGUUAUAAAGGUCCACCACCUGGGAUGGCUCCAGCUUUUGAGCCUUUGAAGGAUGACGAUUUUCCUGAGGUGGAGAUAAUAAUUGGAGACCCUAGCAGAUUUAAGAAGUCUCAACCCUCAACAGAAAUCCAACCAGUAGAUGACAGGGAGUCAGAGAAUUCACAAUCAACUAGUGAAACAAACGAAACUGACAAGGUUGAGAAAGCGCCUCCUUCAACUGUGAUUGAACCAGAAGAAGAUGAAGAUGUUUAUAGACCCACUGUUAGAUCAUGGGGAAUGUUUCCAAGGCCACAAAAUAUUUCGAAGGCGUAUGGUGGUGGAAGAAAUAUACGCCUUGGUGGAGAGACUCAAAGUGCAGAAGAAAAGGCAGCCAAGGAUAAGCGCACCAAAGAACUAAUAGCUGCAUAUAGGAAUCGACAAAACAUGGUAAUUGAUGCAAAGACAAAGGCAGAGUGCCUCGAGGCCUUGAGGGAAGGUGAUGAAAUGAUGAAUACUGGAAGGCUUAAGCAAGCAUUGCCUUAUUAUGAAAAAGUGAUGAAUGCUGUGGACUUUAAGACUGAACUCCAUGGAAGGGCUGCUUUGCAGUGGUCAAUCUGUCUCGAUUCACUCUGCAGGUCCAAGGAAGCAAUGAGCAUGUAUAGCAAACUCAAAAACCAUCCGAAUAGCGAGAUUAGCAAGAAGGCAAACAUGUUUGUGUUCAGCUUUCAGGCAAUGGACUUCAUGAAGGUGAACAGCACGCCGGUGCCGAAAAGCACAGGCUACGAGACGUACUUCACGAAAUUCGGCGGGCAGAAGAACUACUACGCGAGCCUGGACGAGCCCGAGGUGGGACUCGACCAGGUCAUCCCGUACAUGCUCUUCCUUGUCUCGCCGAUAUUUAUAGUCGCGUUUGCGGCGCUGAGGAAAUCCUUCCAGCUUUGAAACAGAGACCACGAACGAAUCACUGAAGCUCGAAUACCAUACAGCAUGUAGCUUGCUAAAUAGAAAAAAAGAAGUUCCUUUAUUAUGUAUAGUUUUCUUUAAGACGUUCCUCUUGUACGCUCAGUUUCUCUGCGUUUGCCUUUGCACGUCCGCAUUUCUGGACGUACAAAGGCGAACGCAGGAAGCAAGUUCCUAUUGUGUAUAGCCUUGCAUAUUUCUUCAUUCUGCGGCCGAGUGAAGCCCAGAGACCUGCUCUGCCUUCGGGCGGCCCAAAA